UGUAAUUAAUCUUAUCUUUAUCUAGACAAUUUCAAGUUAUCCAAGCGCAAGAUGUUACACCAACAAAAUUCGUUUACUUGGUGUGUCUCUAUAAGCUUAGUGGGAUUAUUUUGUGUUUCUGUACACACUCAGGAAUGUAGUGUUCGUGUUCAAAUGCCCGUUUAUGCAAUGGCUUUAAAAGCCGACCUUCUCAACACAACAAAAUGCGGAAAAGAGUUGCAAAACUUCCGAGACGCUGUUGAUCAACAAAUACUGUGGAGUUUAAAAGUCUUAGAUUCCAGUGGUGGAUAUAAAUCCGGCUUCUUUUACGGGAAUAAUUACUGGCUAGGUAGUCGUAGUCAGUGUCUAGAUAUGAUAAAUAAAAGCACAACGAUCUUACCUCGGGAAAUAUACCGCGAUAAUGAUCUGCAACAAGAAUUUCAGCCUUUUGAAACCAACUAUUUUGUCGCUCAUUUUAGACAUAACAACACCCUUCAAUAUCGUACAUAUAUGUUUCAACAGGAUGUGAUAACACUAGGAUUAUGUCUGCCAUCAUCCUGCUCAAUAAAUAAUAUAAGUUUUAUUUUGGGAAAAAUGUUAUAUGACAGAGUUAAUUUAACAUUUGAUAUAUAUUCCGCUGACCUCAAUCUGAUUCAGGUUAAAGAUUUAAAAUACGAUAUCAAACAACUAUCUGGUGGUGCGUUAUUUUUAUCUGUUCAAUACAGACAAUACAGUAUGGUUCUGGAGAAAUAUGGAAAAUUAUGGUUUUUAUUUGAUCCAUUGAUUGGAAUUAUAUCAGUAGACAUUUAUUUUUUUGCAAGUGGAUUUUUGGUGGCUCAUUGGUAUUUGAGAGAUAAAGCAAACAAAAUUCUGAUUAAGCAAAUUCAAUAUAGAGAAAAAUUAAAUGAACUUUUCAAUAUAGUAAAAAGAUUUCUUCGGUUGACACCAGUUUAUAUAAUGGUAUUAGGAAUAAUGCAAGUAAAUUCAGAAUGGCUUGAUAAGACAUCACAAAUUUAUAUGAAUGAGAAGUCGCACGAAAUUUGCGCAAAGUACUGGUGGAGAAAUCUUCUAUACAUAAAUAAUUUCUUUGAUGUCGAUACAUUGUGCAUGAGUUGGAGCUGGUAUCUAGCUGUCGAUAUGCAAAGUCAUGUAAUCGUUUUAAUGGUAUUAAUUUUAUCAACUAUGUAUUUCUAUGCCGCUGUUAUAAUAUCAGGUGCGCUUUUAAUAGGCUCGAUUAUUUUUACUGGCUAUACUUCAUAUAUUUAUGAAUAUGUUCCCACACAUCAUGAGUUGUAUAAACUCGCAGGUGUUCUAUACAUUUCACCAUGGACGAGAAUAAAUUCAUAUUUUAUUGGCGCAGUUACAAGUUAUAUUUUAAUAAAAUUAAAUUAUAACUUGUAUUGGAAAAAAGUUAGUAUUAUCUUAGUAUAUAAAAUCAUAAUUCUAUGUUGGUGCUGCUUUGGUCUUGCCAGCGCUUUGAAUAUUUUCGUAUUAUCUUGGAUUUAUAAGCGCUAUUUGUCCAUUUUAGUUAUUGCAAUUUAUAUUGCUCUACAAAAAACACUAUGGGCUAUUGGCAUAGCAUGGAUUAUAAUAGCCUGUACUACUCAACAUGGAGGCAUUGUUAAUAGAGUACUGUCAUUCAAAGGCUGGAUUCCUUUUAGUAGACUGACCUAUUGCGUUUACCUCUUACAUCCUAUAAUUAUACGAUCGAUUAGUUCAUACAGUGAAACAUCAAAUCAUUAUGAAUUUCUGCCGAUUGUUGUUCUAUCUAUAGGAUACGUUGUGAUCAGUUAUUUUUGCGCGUACCUAUUAUCUUUGAUAGUGGAAAUACCUUGUCUCCUAUUAAUGCAAACGUUCAUCCGAAAGCGUAAUAGAAUAGUUAAAAAAGUGUUGUAAUUUUAAUAUAAACAUGUAACUACUAUAGGGGCGAAGGGGGGUGACAAUGGAUUUGUAUCCCAUUUGGAGCAGUCUAAUUAAUGAAUAGAAAUAAAUGUAAUAUAGAGCUAAAUAAACAAUAAUACACAUUAUUGUAA